AUGGCAGACCGCUGCAUCACCAGCGCGACGUCCACCGUCUACGCGACGCAGACCGUCCUCAGCCGCGUGCCCUCCGUCACCGCAACUGCCACCUACCUCACCGUCCGCCCCGUCGUAUCGCUCUCGACUUACAUUGGGACCAUCAGGGGACAGCUCACAGAGACCGUCUUCCGCUUGCGCGGCGAGGAGACUCUCACCGCAACGUCCGAGCUAGCAGGCUUUGCGACCCAAACCAUCGUUACGUCGUCGCCGCUCUCGAUCCUCUACACCACGAUAUGCCCGACCCCUUCUUCCUCCUCGACCACGUCGUCGAGCACAACCACGACGACCACGAUGCCAACUCUUUCGUCGUCUAGCACCACCUCCACAAGCUCGUCCACGACGACAACUCCCCCUCCCUCCUCGACCCGCCUCACGACCGUCACGGUUCCCUUCUCCUCCUCCUCUCUUUCCUCCUCCUCCUCAUCCGCCACCGCCCUCGCCGGCUCCCCAACCUCCUCAUCCGGCGGCACAUCGCACAUCGGCGCUAUCGUCGGCGGCGCAGUGGGCGGUGCCGCAGCCCUCAUCGCCCUCGGUCUCCUCGGAUGGUGGUUCGCCAAAAAGGGCGGCAGGCACGAGAAGGACGAGUAUGACCCGUUCGCGAGGGACGAGCACUGGGACCCUGCGCUCGGAGGAGCGGGCGCAGCAGCAGCGGCAGGCGCAGGCGCCUUGGCUGCCGGCCGCUCAAACAGGCUCUCUCGGCACGGCGCGCACCCGCGGCACAGCAAGUACGCCGAAGCAGGCGCAGGAGCCGGCGCGCUCGGGUACGCCGCGACGCACGAGCGGUCCCGUUCGCGCGACUCGAGUGGAGAAGGCGAGAAGGAUGGGUUCGCUUCCUACGCGCCUUUGCCGACUGAUGGGUCGCCGCAGCGCGUUAAGCGAAAGGUUGCGCCGGCGGCGGAACAGGACGCGUAUUAUGCCCAUGUGCCGUACUAUCAGGCGCAGGGAGCGAGGCAGGAUGACGGGAUGACGAUGGCGAGUGUUGGGACGGGCGCGGCGGGCGUGGGAGCGCUUGGCGCGGCGUCGAUGUACGAUCGCCACCAUUACGAGCAGCAGCAGGCGCCGCAGCUGCCGGAGAUCCCGGUCGAGCGCGACUCGUACGGAGGAGGAGCGAUGUCGCCCCCUCCUGGAGGAUUCGCCAACUCGCCUUCCCCGCCUCCUCCUCAGCAAGGAUACGCCAUGUCUCCCCCUCCGCAGCACAACACAGCGGGUGUCGGCGCCUACCCCUCGAUGUACGGCCAGGGUCAAGGACAAGCGUACGGCCAGCCUGGGGGAUACAUGCAGUACCCCUCUUCAACUUCUCCCCCUCCUGGCGCGCCUUCGUACCCGACUAUGUACGGCAGCGCAGCUCCUUCGUACCCGCCUCAACACGCCUCGCUCCCUUACCCCGGUGCGAUCGACUACGCUCCCGCCCCAACCCCUCAGCAGCAGCGAGACCUCGCUCCGCCCGCCUCGCUCGUACCGGGCGUCGCCCCGUCCCCUGCUCCCUCGUACCGCUCGAUCCAGCACCUCGAUGAGCCAACGCAGCAGCAGCAGCGGUCGAGUCCGUUGAGGGUCGUGAAUGAGGAUGAGGAGCAGCACGGCAGGUUUGGAGGUGAAGGGGAGGUGGAUGCGUAUGGUGGACUGGACGAGGGGUUGGCGUACCUUGCGCCGGAGAGGCGGUAG